UCGCCGCCUUCAACUCCGAGAAGUCAGGAGCCCCACAGGAAACUUGCAUUAUUGCACCCGCUGCCACGCACACCCGGGGCCGCGCACCGGCAGCCGAGGUGGCUCCCAAGGAGUGCGCCCCCCUGCACGGCCGGCCGCCCUCCCGGGGAGCGGGGGGCACCCCGCGGCCCCUUCGGCCUCCGAAACCAUGUCGGGCAGGUCGGUUCGAGCCGAGACCAGGAGCCGCGCCAAAGAUGAUAUCAAGAGGGUCAUGGCGGCUAUCGAGAAAGUGCGCAAAUGGGAAAAGAAGUGGGUGACUGUGGGUGACACAUCCCUGCGAAUCUACAAGUGGGUCCCUGUGACAGAGCCAAAGGUGGAUGAUAAGAACAAGAACAAGAAAAAAGGCAAAGAUGAGAAGUGUGGCUCUGAGGUGACCACGCCGGAGAACAGCUCCUCCCCAGGGAUGAUGGACAUGCAUGAUGAUAACAGCAACCAGAGCUCCAUCGCAGAUGCCUCCCCGAUCAAACAGGAGAAUAGCAGUAACUCCAGCCCUGCUCCGGAGCCCAGCUCAGCUGUGCCUGGCGAAGGUACUGACGCCAAGGCUGAUGAGACCCAGGCCGAUGGGAAGGAGCUCCCUGGGGCCGAAGAUGCUUCUGACGAGCAGAAUUCACAGUCUUCAAUGGAAAACUCGAUGAACAGUUCAGAGAAAGUAGAACGGCAGCCAUCUGGAGACGCGGGUCUAGCUGCAGAGAUGUCCGCAAUCUCUCAGGUACCUCGAUCGAGGCCUCAGAGGGGCAGCCAGAUCAGCCAGGAGCCCGUUGGGGUGUUGGGGGAUUUGGAAGGAGUGCCACCCUCUAAGAAGAUGAAACUGGAGGCCUCUCAACAGAACUCAGAAGAGAUGUAGACACUACAUUCAGUCCUGCUUUCCAUGUUUCACGGGAGGUCCAUCUGCAGGCUGAAUUCUAGAAUAACUUCACCUGAGCAGUUCCUCUCGGGUGCAGACAGAACUACUAAUUUUCCAAGUUUACCAAGUGCAAAUCCAAGAAAACCCAGAACAGCGUAACUUCUCAGACACUGAAGAACUUUCUGCUGUGAAGCAAAACCCUUGAGUGUUGAAGGGACUGACUGUCUUUGGGAAGGCGGGGUCGACAGCUCAGGAGUGUCUGCACACUGUCUCUGAAGCCAAGAUCACAUUUGUGUUGCUGCUGUAUUGUUUCAUCCCCUCCCCACCUCUCCCCCACUUCUCUAUUUAACGAUAUAAGCUAUUCGAGGGUGGUACCGAUCAGGGAAUCGGUUUUCAUCGGGGCUUUCCACUGUUUGCCCGAUUCCUCCCGCUUUCUUUUUUUGUGCCUUGUGCCCUUGAGGUGACCUCUGGCAUGUUUUCCUGGUUGUUUUGCAUCUCCCUUUGCAAAGUGCCCUCGGGUUUUGUCCAGGUGGCUGAUGCCUCCGUCCUCACGCCUCUCCUCCCUGGCCCAGGACUUCAAUCGUAGCGGAGCAGGCAGGGAGGAGGGGGAUCCCGAGACCUCGGAAGAACGGGACUUCCUCAGCCACCUGAUUUGCAGGUGUGGGGGUGUUGGGCACACCCUGGGGCCCUGGCUCCUAGGUCCAAGGUUCGAGGAAUCUCAGAUGUUGGGGCACUAUCCUGAAGGGCUGGCUACUCAAUGUGCUCUCAGCUUCUUCGGGGCAUCUGAGGCCAGUGUUUCCAAGCCCACCAUGGCCCGGACGGACACACAGAACCCUUCGAUUGUUCUGGCACUUGCACCCUCUACCCCCACCAUACCGCUUUCUCCCACACCUCCGAAGACGAAAUGGCUUCUGCGGCUGACUGCAGAAUUGUCUCCUUAGGACGAUAAAAGGGCUGAGGAGGCUGGGAGCAGAUGGCAGGAAGAGCUGGUGCUGAACUUUCUCUCCUAGGAUGUUGCCUGGAUUUCAAAUCCGCAGUAACCUGCUACCCUCUGCCUCCCCCCCACACACACACAUACCCCCCCUCAAAGGAGGCAAGAUUGCAAAGCAUGUUCCUGACUCUCAGAGCCAAUAAUCUGAUGGCCUCUCAUACCUGGGAUGCGCUGACCGUCCCCACCAGGGAGCAGACCCUGAUGAUUGAGCCUCAAAGGCCAGGAACCAGGCACCCAGGAGUGGAAAGCGCUACAGUCCUCCAGAAAGGGGUGAUUGAGUCCCUCCCCUUGCCUCUGUCCUCUGCCUGAGCCGAGACAGCUUCCUCUCACUAAAAUGGAGAUGUCCCCUUGGAUGAACUGCCUGAUUGUUUGGUUCUGAGGCCUGGUUUGCUCUUACUUCCUAGAUGGACUCCUCGGAUCUUAACCCUUUUCCUGAGCUUUCUUUACUGCACUGGACUUGCAACUCCCUUUGAGUUGAGUGAGGGGUGGGGUGGGGGGUUUGCUUUGUUCUGUGGUUUUUUGUUUUUGUUUUGUUUUCGUUUUUAUUUUGCUGAUUGGUGCAUAUUCAGGUACCACCUUUGAUACCUUUGACGUGUGGAUCUCUCUCCUGACCACCAUGGAAAGUGUCUGCCAGAUUCCUUUCAAAGUUUCUGAGGGUGAGGCUCUUUUUUUUUUUAAGGGAGCCAAUCUAUAUCCUGCACUUCAAGAAGAAUCAAAAUGUUCCUGAAUUUCAAAUACCUCAUGCAAAAAUGUCUCCUGAAAUAAGGGAAAAAAAAAAAAAAAAACUUUGAAAAUCUUAAUGUUGAAGUU